CCAAUAUGGAUAAAGGGACCCCACAUCGCCGUCAGUCCGCCACUCGCUGCUUGGUCCCUUGCAAGACGAACGCCUUCAGCGCGUCAACGAUUUUUUACAUUUCUUAACGAACGCUAUCCUAAAAAUCAAUCAAGAUGUGUGACGAUGAUGUUGCGGCGUUGGUCGUGGACAAUGGAUCCGGUAUGUGCAAGGCUGGAUUUGCUGGAGACGAUGCUCCGCGUGCUGUAUUCCCCAGCAUCGUCGGACGUCCCCGUCAUCAGGGAGUGAUGGUCGGUAUGGGGCAAAAAGACUCGUACGUGGGAGACGAGGCUCAGAGCAAGAGAGGUAUUCUCACCCUGAAGUACCCAAUUGAGCACGGUAUCAUCACCAACUGGGAUGAUAUGGAGAAGAUCUGGCAUCACACUUUCUACAAUGAACUCCGUGUUGCCCCUGAGGAACACCCAGUCCUCCUGACUGAGGCUCCCCUCAACCCAAAGGCUAACCGUGAGAAGAUGACCCAGAUCAUGUUCGAAACCUUCAACAGCCCAGCCAUGUACGUCGCCAUCCAGGCUGUCCUCUCCCUGUACGCCUCAGGUCGUACCACCGGUAUUGUCCUGGACUCUGGAGACGGUGUAUCCCACACUGUCCCCAUCUACGAAGGUUACGCCCUCCCCCACGCCAUCCUCCGUUUGGACUUGGCUGGUCGUGACUUGACCGACUACCUCAUGAAGAUCCUCACCGAGAGAGGAUACUCAUUCACCACCACAGCUGAGCGUGAAAUUGUCCGUGACAUCAGGAAAAACUCUGCUAUGUCGCCCUGGACUUUGAACAGGAAAUGGCCACCGCUGCUGCCAGCACCUCCCUCGAGAAGAGCUACGAACUUCCAGACGGACAGGUCAUCACCAUCGGUAACGAGAGGUUCCGUUGCCCCGAGGCUCUCUUCCAGCCAUCCUUCCUGGGUAUGGAAUCCUGCGGUAUUCACGAGACCGUCUACAACUCCAUCAUGAAGUGCG